GACGCCUGAGCUGAGUGUGCGGCCGGCGGCCUAUAUACGUUUUGCCACCGUCGUUUUUGGCUGGAAUCUGGUUUUUGGCUCGCUCGGCUCAGCCUUCGUCCCUGGACAAUUUGUUGGUGCCUGAUCUUCCCAGUGUCUUUGCCGGAAUUUGGAGAAAUAGAGCACGCGGCUGCUCACGGGAAAGUGAGAGAAAGAACGAAAAUCAACACAUGGAGGCGUCUUUCGAAAGGCGUCUGAUGGAGACGUUGACCGGGGUGAGUGCCUUAAGCCCGAGAAGAACGUUUUGGUGCCUGGUUUUAUCAUGCUGGCCAGCCUGCCGCUUUCUGGUCUUGUGUGAUCUAAAGCUAUGAGUGGGGAAUAUAGUAUCUAUCUAUGUCUAAAGUGUGUGUGUGUUCUUCUAUAGACACCGCCUGCCACUCCAACUCACUGUGACCCCGCCACUCCACGCACCCCCUCCUCUGUGGGACGCACACACUCUCCGUCCCCCUGUUCUACCCCUCUCUCCUCCACCAGACACAAGAGUGCAUACUAUGACAGAUGUAUUCCCAGUCGUGUCGGCUCCCCACGGAGAUGUCUGUUUGGUUCUCCCAUCUCUCCCCUGCCUGACCUCUCCUCCAAUAGAAGAGAGCAGUCAACUGAGCCACCAAAAGUGGAGAACCUCACCUACCAGUGUGCUCUGCAGAACGAACUCCUCAACAGACACCUCACCGAGAUUCCCGACCCUCAUUCAGUGUCGCGAGGAAGCCCUCUAACCAUAAUCUCACCGUCCAAGUCCAAUGUUUUAAAGGUACGUCUUUUCUCCAGUGUUUUGCUUCAUCCUACCCACCGUAACAGUAAUUAGAUUACCGUGAACCUUUCCCUCCCUCUCCCCCUCCCCCAGUACCAGUCAUCUCCAAGAAAGCUAGAUCCUCUGGCACCAUACUCAAUUUCACCCAUCAGUAAGAGCAGGUGAGCCAAAGCACACACUGUCACUGUCUCUCACAGACACACAGUACCCCCAUACUACCACAGCUAGAAUCUUCCCAGGUA